AUGGCUUUCUCCACCUCCGUAUCGGUUAUUCUUUUAAUCUCAGCAAUCAGUUGCUGGGCAACAGCAUUUGGCGGCUUGCGAGAAGAUCUCAAGGAUUUCGUAGCCUUGGUUCCCCGUCGCAGAAUUGGUUAUAUAUCCGCCAGAUACUAUAUCUUCGAUCCCAAGUUUCGCCAGGCAGUGGAGUUUGUGCGCAGCGAUGAGUUCAUAGCCACUUGGCAGCAAGUUCGUGCCGCUCCGGAUUUUGUGAAUAUUAUUAACUAUGUGAGUGAUUACGGUUCGGGCUACGAUAUUACCACACUGGUGGACAGCUUGCCAACUCGCUUGCGUGCCUAUCAGCUGUCGCGCACUGUACCCGUGGAACUGAUGCUGCGACGCGAUUUGACCACCUUCCUCUGGGAUGUUAUGCACAGCUUGCCCAGGACCAGAAUCUAUUCCUUGAUAGCACAGAAAUCGAAACAGAGCCCUGAAUUCGCCAAACUCUACAAGGCUUUGAGGGAUAAGGAGUUCAAGGAGCUGGUGCAGCGUGCCAGACUUUCCAGAGAUCUUCAGGCUCCCAUAAAAAAGUUGAGUCAGAAGAGCAUCAACGUGGAUGAAAUACUUCAAAUCGUGUUUGAGGUAAUCAGUUGGGGUCCCAAGACUUCCUAGAUUCUGUUUAUUAAUAGUUUUCCAAAGCGAAAUGAUAAAUUUUGUAUGUUCAUAAAAAUAAUAUAAAUAUUUAUUUUAUAUAUUAGCUAUAAAUUAUCACUUGUUAUAUCUUAUAUCUAGCCUAAUGUUUAACUUGCCUAUAUGACACUUAAAACCAAUGUUGUUCCAUUGUUUCGACGAUCCAGGGUGUAUGGUGUAGUAUAUCGGUAUAUAUGCCAUAAGCCUUGCAGUUGGCCGUCACUGUACUGGCCACUCCGAAUAGGGCAAGAUGGUGGUGCCAUUGAAGUACAUCGGAGCACCCAAAGGACUCCCCGAGUCGCCUUUGCACGCGAAUUGUGCCGGAUUGCUGGCACACAGUUUUUCGGGCUGGUUGUAGCAAUGCCUGUAGUUAUAUUGACGAACAGUCAUUUGUUGCAACAUCGAUUGCAUUCUGUGGUACCUCAGCCGGUCAGGGUAAAUUUACGGAUAGCUUUUAUGAAAGGUCUUAGGCCGGCGUUCAGAACAAUGCAAAUUGGUUUGAUUGUAGCUGCAGAUUAAAAUA